GUAGUCCCGCAAUUAAGAUUACGAAGCUUCCUUUUGGAUCGGCCAUCAAAAUCUCAUACGCAUCACCGUUUUCUCGAUAAAAGGAACGGUAAUCGUGUGAUAUUUUAUGUAACAUUCCAGGUAAAUACAUAAUAAUUUAUUUAGCUAGCAAGGAUUUAAAAAUUGCGUGAAUAGGAAAAUUCAUAUUAUCUUCUAAUUUUCAAAGACUAGUAGAUGGCGUUACUUACACACCCGCCAAAAUUUUCAGAUUAACCGUUAAUGGAUAUAUAUUGUGCCUAUCCACACCGAGUGUGUCUCCGAAAUAAACACGAUGGAUACGACUAUUGUACAAGCCAUUUAUUAGAAGACAAAAAUAGUCAAUUGCAGCAAUGUACAUAUACCGAUGCCAAAACUGCACGAAGAUGCUGUAAGCCGACUCUGCGGAGUGACCGAAGUGGUUGUAAAGAGCUGUAAAAUGUGCUACGAUCAUUUAAAAAAGACACAAGCUCAAAGAAGAAAGUUGAAGAAAAAACGCGGCGUAAAAGAUACGCCUGACAAUUUAUUAGGACAACUGGAUAAAUAUGCAGUUAAAAAUCCAACAAGCAUUGAUCCAAUUCAAGAAAGUUUAGCCAAGAAAGUUUUAUGUGAACCAAAUGGGUCAGACGAAUCAGAUCUCGAAAGUAUGUGUGUUUCUAACACAUGGACUGGAGAAGAUGAUAGCGACAAUGACAGCUUGGACAAUGAACCUGCGGAGCCUCUAAACAAUGCGGGAGUAUAUACACCUGAAGAACUUGCAACCCUAAUGAAAGAGAAGCUUAUGAGACUACAAACAUUAUAUAUAGAACAAUUUCGCUAUUUACAAUACGAAUUGAAGCAGAAGAGAAGAAAGUAUAUGUUGGCAAGAAAAAUUGAAGCGGAAACAGGCUACGGAAGUACGAGACAUGCUAAAUAUGAUCCCGAACAACGUUAUGACUACGAAUGCAUGAAGGCGAUGAAGAAUUUUCAUAAGCCAUCCGGAAUUGAAGCAUUGCUGCACGAAGCUCAAAAGAACAAAGGAAUUGAAAAGAAGAUCGAUGACACUGAACUCUGCGUCCAAACUAAUUGUCAAGAGCCAGUCCUGCCUGCCACCAAGCACUGCUUGCAGCACAUUUUAAGUGAUUCUGAACAAGUACUUUUUUCGAAGUGUUUAAGAGAAGAUUGCGGAAAACCUAUUAUCUCCCAUUGUCCCGACCUUGUAUUUUGCGAAGAUCAUAUAUUACCACCAACACUGCAAAGUUCCAACUUGCCUAACGAAAAUAAUCAGACGAAAUUGGAUUCGUCUAUGUUGGACGUGGAGCAGGAUUAA